AUAUUCAAUCAAGGAACAUGCAGCAGCAACUUCUAGCAGCCCUGCAACCGUUUUUUCCGUUUACUCUCUCUCUCUCUCUCUCUCGCUGAUUGACAUUCUGUACCUAACCCAUUGCUGAUUCUGAGAUUAGAUUUAAACCCUUAUUCUUGAUCCCGCAUUCUAUUCUGGGAUCCAAUUCAUUCUCUUCCCUCAACCCAAAUCCCAUCUUACAUUUCUCCUACGCUUCUUAGAUCUUGGAUCCCGAAAUGGCAACCAUGGAGAGCUUGAUUGGCCUCGUCAACCGCAUCCAGAGAGCCUGCACCGUCUUAGGCGAUUACGGCGGCGAGGGAAUGUCGCUGUGGGAAGCUCUUCCUUCCGUCGCCGUCGUCGGAGGCCAGAGUUCCGGGAAAUCGUCGGUCUUGGAAAGUGUGGUUGGAAGGGACUUCCUGCCUCGUGGAUCCGGUAUUGUCACACGGAGGCCGUUAGUUUUGCAACUUCAUAAGACGGAAAGGGGGCAAUCUGAAUAUGCAGAGUUUCUCCACGCACCAAAGAGAAGGCUUGCUGAUUUUGCUGCUGUGCGCAAGGAGAUCCAAGAUGAAACAGAUCGUAUUACUGGGAAGUCAAAACAAAUCUCUAACAUUCCAAUUCAUCUGAGCAUAUAUUCUCCAAAUGUUGUAAACUUAACCCUCGUAGAUCUUCCGGGCUUGACAAAGGUUGCUGUAGAGGGACAGCCAGAGACUAUUGUCGAAGAUAUCGAAAACAUGGUUCGUUCUUAUGUUGAGAAGCCGAACUGCAUUAUAUUGGCUAUUUCUCCUGCUAAUCAAGAUAUUGCCACUUCGGAUGCUAUUAAACUUGCAAGAGAAGUCGAUCCCACAGGUGAAAGAACAUUUGGUGUACUCACAAAACUUGAUCUGAUGGAUAAAGGAACAAAUGCUUUGGAUGUUCUCGAAGGAAGGGCAUACAGGCUGCAACAUCCCUGGGUCGGAAUUGUGAACCGUUCACAAGCUGAUAUCAACAAAAAUGUUGACAUGAUCGUUGCUCGUAGAAAGGAGCGUGAAUAUUUUGAAACAAGUCCUGAGUAUGGACACUUGUCAAACAAAAUGGGUUCAGAGUAUCUUGCCAAACUUUUAUCCAAGCAUCUAGAGACUGUUAUCAGGCAGCGGAUACCAAGUAUCAUUGCUUUAAUAAAUAAAACCAUUGAUGAGCUUAACGCAGAGUUGGAUCGUAUUGGAAGGCCUAUUGCAGUAGACUCAGGGGCCCAGCUUUACACUAUUUUAGAAUUGUGCCGUGCAUUUGACCGUAUAUUUAAGGAACACCUGGAUGGAGGGCGACCUGGUGGAGAUCGUAUAUAUGGAGUUUUUGACCAUCAACUACCAGCUGCUCUGAAGAAGCUCCCUUUUGACCGUCAUCUCUCUUUGAAAAAUGUCCAGAAAAUUGUUUCUGAGGCUGAUGGUUAUCAGCCCCACUUGAUUGCUCCAGAACAAGGAUACAGAAGACUCAUUGACGGAUCCAUCAGCUACUUUAAAGGCCCAGCUGAAGCCUCCGUGGAUGCGGUGCACUUCGUCUUGAAAGAACUAGUGAGGAAGUCGAUAGCUGAAACAGAGGAAUUACAACGAUUCCCAACGCUUCAAUCUGACAUUGCAGCUGCUGCAACAGAAGCAUUGGAAAGAUUUCGUGAUGAAAGUCGGAAAACAAUCCUGCGGCUGGUGGAUAUGGAAUCUAGCUACUUGACAGUGGAAUUUUUCCGUAAGCUUCAUCUUGAACCAGAGAAAAUUUCAAACCCAGCAGGCCCAAAUGCAGACCGUUACUCAGAUAAUCAUUUCAGGAGGAUUGGUUCAAACGUCAAUGCUUACAUUAAUAUGGUUUGUGAUACACUGAAGAAUUCUAUUCCCAAGGCUGUGGUUUACUGUCAAGUUCGAGAGGCCAAGAGAUCACUGCUCAAUCACUUUUACACUCAAGUUGGGAGGAGGGAGAAGGAGCGGCUUGGUGCGAUGUUGGAUGAGGACCCAGCGCUUAUGGAAAGAAGAACAGCCAUUGCUAAGAGGCUUGAACUGUACAAGUCAGCCAGAGAUGAGAUUGACUCUGUAGCAUGGAAAUAAUGGAGGACCCCUUGCAUAAGACUCAAAAAUCUGGAAGACUUUUCUCUCUCUCUCUCUCUCUCUCUCUCUCUCUCUCUCUCUCUCUCUUGUGUGUGUGUGUGUGUUUACUUAAACUACCAGAAGGUUCUGGUAGACCACUCUGUGAACAAACUAAUUCCAUAUUCUUUUUGUGCUAAGAAAAUAAUAAUAGCCUA